AUGUCCAACCUGGCCCACACCCCCAGCAUAAUCCUUGUCAACACGACGAUGGGCGAGAACAUUGGGUCGGCUGCUCGGGCAAUGAAGAAUUUCGGACUGUGCGACCUGCGCCUGGUGGCGCCGCGUGAUGGAUGGCCCAACCCCCUGGCGGUCGCCACGUCAGUCGGCGCCUCGGAUCUGCUGGAUUCAGCGCGCCUCUGCAGCUCCCUGGCAGAGGCCACCGCCGACCUCACGCACUUGUACGCCGCGACGGCGCGCCGCCGCUUCAUGCACAAGGAUUAUGUCAUGACGCGUGACCUCAAAGAUGACUACGCAGAGCAUUUCCUGCCGUCACCCGGGCAGCAUGGGGUACCUGCGCAGCCACAUGGGGAUGGCGGCAGCAGCGGCGAGAGCGGGGCCGGCAGCACCUCUGGGCUGGGAGGUGGCGAAAUUGGCGGGGCGGCGGCGGGGGCGCCGAGGAUCGGUCUCAUGUUUGGGCGCGAGUCGUCGGGAUUGACUAAUGAGGAGGUGGCGAUGGCAGGGAAGAUUGUGGUGGUGGACUCGGACCCCGAUUUUGCAGUUCUGAACCUGGCACAGGCCGUCCUCGUCUGCUGCUACGAACUCUACCCCCUCUGGCGGCGGGAACUCCGCAGCCCUUCGAACACCGUGAGCGGCGCUACUCCCGCCGCCGCCAAGGGGGCCCCGGGGCGGCGCUCGAGUGCGGCAGCAGACAGCGGGUCGAUCUGCGACGCAGACAACCCGGGGUACGAGACCAGCGGCAGCAGCAGCGACUUUGAUUUUGACCAUUUGAGGGGCGCAGACGGGUACGGGAGCUUUGGGGGCAGCUCGGACGGCAGCGGCGGCGAUGGCGGCAGCAUCCGAGGAGGCGGCGUGGGUGGGGUCGAGGACACCUUGGGGUCCCUGCAGGGCCCAGCGGCGGCAUCCACGGGGGCGGUGUCAUCAGGGUUGGCGUCGCGGCCAGACCUGGCCAACGCGCAGGAGCUCGCGUCCAUGGCAGACUCUGAGGGUUUCCUGCAGCGCCUCUUUGCUGAGCUCGACGCCGCGGGUGCGCGUGGGGGGCUAUCGAAUCAUAUCGCAUCGUCGCAGGCGGGGCGGGGUGUGCGGGCCAGCAGACUGCGCCGAGGGCUGGAGUCCAGCUGGGCGAGAUCCAGGCCGGCGCAGGGCCGGCGGACUGCCUCCGCUCGCCGCGAGAAGGGAGGAUCCUGA